GCGGACUCGACGCUCGACUGUUUCAGUAGCCAACUCGAUUCCGUCAGCUCGCAACUGGAAAGCGCUGCCGUCUCUCCGCAAUCGCACUCUCCAUGCUUGUUUUGCCGCGCUUUACAAAACACGAUCUUCGACUGUUUUUGCUGCGACUCUUCGCACCCGACAUCUAAAGACUUUUAACCACAGAACUUUGCAAGUGAUCAGCACGUGAUUUUUGUGAUCAGUGACUAUUAAUAGUUGAAUUAUGUACGAUAAACAGUUUUAUUGUUGUUAAUUGGUAUACGACAAAUUUAUCCAAACCCAGCGAGUUUCUUCAGGAAAAACGGCUCGACUCUCCAGAAACAUUUCUUUCAAUACGUAUUUUAAUUCUUUUUCUGACGAAUCAGGAUGCGAGGUUGAUAUGGCAGAAGGUAGUGUCGAAGAGGACAGUAACGAUAUGUUGGGUCCAACAACAGCCCCAGUGCUUCAAACACCUGCGCCAUCCAAUUGCAGCAUCAAAGACGAGGAAAGUGACUGUGAGAGUUCGAUUGGUUCGCCAGAGCCGGCUUUAGCCAUGGGGGUGGAUGGUAGUACGGAUCUGUCGAUGGGCCCCAAACAAAUGCACUAUAGGCUUGAUGAUGCAAAUGGGAAUGAUACCAAAUUGUCACCUACUUCCCAUCUAAAUGGAACCAUGGCCGGAUUAGUGACAUUGCAGAACCUGCAAAACUUGGCAUCGCUGCAACAAAGUUUGCCUUCUUUGACCGCAGGACUGACCAACAUGGCAGGACUAACAGGAAAUCCUGCAAUUAAUGCUCCCUUAAAUUUAAGUGUCAGCGCAUCAGCCGCCACGCCACGUAGCAGCCAAUCGAGCAGCCUCACCGAAACGUCGCCUGUCAUGAUGACAGCGAACGUGAACCCCCAACAGCAACCCUCCAGCACGCCAAUGCCCCAACAAAACCCCCUAAUAAACCCGCAACAACCUGCGCCUAUGCCCCAAUUCAUUUUGGCAUCUGGUCAACUCGUGCAAGGCAUCCAAGGGGCGCAACUACUUAUACCCACGUCACAAGGUUUGGCAAGUCAGACAAUCUUAACGAUACCAGUGAAUCAUGUAAAUAGCACCGAUCAAAUCGUGAAUUUGGCCCUUAAUAAUGGACAGGUGAUGCAGACGUCCCUUGCCAAUUUGCAAGCUAUGGCCCAGACUAAUUUAAUAAACAAUGCCACCAACACCGUUCCUACCACAAACGGCAGCCUAAACCCGAACCUAUUAAACCCAGCAACCCUUUCACACCUCCUUUCCAACGGUUCCAAUCAAAGUCUGCUUCAGACUCUCCCGCAGAUGUUAAAUUCAAGUUCACAUCAGCCCUCAAAUCCUCCAAUUUUGAACCCACUACAGCCACCGUUGCUAAAUCAAGCACCUACGUUGCUGACAACCACACAGCACAACUCCAGAAGCCCUUUGAAUCAUAUACAGCAAAUUAGCAAUAACAGUCACUACAAUGAAGCCAAGAUGCAUCAGCCAAAUAUUGCCAGAAACAGUUCUCCUCCAGCCACAAUUGCAAGUAUAAAUAGGAUGUCCAGCAGUAAUGGAGAAAUUAGCAUAAGCACAUCAGUAAGUGGUGGGAAUUCUAGUCAAAACCCCAAUCAGCCAAUAAAAAGGUCGCCAUCAUCUCUAUCUCCGAAUUGUACUGACAGUUCAACAGCCGAUCUCCUGAUAGAUUCGCCAAAUCAACCUACAAUAAACCAAACUAGCAGUAACGUGGUGGAUGGCAUAAACCUAGACGAGAUCAAAGAUUUCGCAAAAGCCUUUAAGUUACGAAGACUUUCGUUAGGCUUAACGCAAACUCAAGUGGGCCAAGCCUUGAGCGUCACCGAAGGACCUGCCUACAGCCAAAGCGCCAUCUGCAGUGCCCUGGCGUCACAGAUGUUCGCGGCAGCGCAACUAUCAUCACAACAGCAAGCAAUGUUUGAAAAAUUGGACAUUACCCCAAAAAGUGCACAGAAAAUUAAACCAGUCCUGGAAAGAUGGAUGAAGGAAGCUGAAGAAAGUUUUAAUUAUUCCAGAUACAAAAGCGGUCAAAAUCACCUAACAGAUUUCAUAGGCAUAGAGCCCUCAAAAAAGAGGAAACGAAGAACAUCUUUCACUCCACAAGCUUUAGAGCUACUCAACGCUCAUUUCGAAAGAAAUACGCAUCCUUCAGGAACUGAAAUUACAGGCCUUGCACAUCAGUUGGGAUACGAACGAGAAGUCAUACGAAUUUGGUUCUGCAAUAAGCGGCAAGCUUUAAAAAAUACCGUUAGAAUGAUGUCUAAGAGCAUGGUAUAAAAAACUGUGAUUAAAACAGCAAACAUUUUUACGUAGGUUUAGGGUACUAAGCUUUUAUUCUGUGUAGUAGCUAGUAAAGUAAUAUUUUCUGGCCUAACGAUUUCCCUUAAUAACGCCCUUCCUGACGUAAAUAAGUUGCUGUAUUUUUGUAAAUAGGGGUAAGACUUUGUAAAUAAAUUAUGUAUUAUAUUUAAUAAUUUCUAGGUAGCUAUCAAUAAGUGUAAUUAAUUUAAAAUAUUAUCAAGAACAUCGUCAAAUUUAAUAAAAUACGUACUGUGUAAGGUGCAAUACCCAAAACAUCAUAUUUUUC